CAGAAGGCAGCAGAGGACGGCAGAGACGACAUCACACAGUCAUGGCUUACUUGGGAUGCUUCCUCCUGCUCUUCCUAGGUUUGGGCAGUCUCUCCUCCUCUGUGCCACGUCAGUUCCAUGUGGUGAAGGAACACAGGAACUGGACAGAAGCUCAGCAGUACUGCAGAGAGAAGUUCACUGACCUCGCCACCAUACAUAACAUGACAGAGAUGGAGAAGGUGAACAGCAUGAUCCGUGAAGCAGCUGCUGGAAAUGCUUGGAUUGGGCUGAAGAAGGGAAGCAGUCCUAAAUGGCAGUGGUCUCUGGCCGACAGGGAUUUCUACAGAGAGAAUGAAAUAGAGUUGAUCUGGGAUGAUCAAGGUGGUCGACCAGAUCAAGGUGGUAAAGACAACUGUGUCUUUGUCAAGGGAGCAAAUGGGAAAUGGCAUGACUCUGGGUGUAACCUUAGGGGAAACUCCAAAACCUAUGUGCUGGUUACUGAUAUAAAGAACUGGGCAGAUGCUCAGAAAUACUGCAGAGAACAACAUACAGACCUGGCCAGUGUGAGGAAUCAGACAGAGAACGACCAGAUAGAGGAUGUUAGUGGAGAGAGAGAUGCCUGGAUCGGCCUGUUCAGAGAUGCCUGGGAGUGGUCAGAUGGCAGCAGCUCCUCAUUCCGUUACUGGAAGUCUGGAGAACCCAAUAAUCCAGAUGUGGAAUGCACUCAAAUUAUGUCCAGUGGUCAGUGGAACGAUGAAGGCUGUCAUCAUCCUGGUCACUUCAUCUGCUAUGAAGACAAGCUGGUUCUGGUCCGUGAGAAUAAGACCUGGAGAGAGGCGCUGCAGUACUGCCGAGAGCACCAUGUGGACCUGGUGUCUGUGACGUCCAAGCGGGUCCAGCGCUGGGUGAGUGAGCGGGCUAAAGGAGCCUCCACUGCUCACGUGUGGGUGGGCCUGCUCCACUCCUACGGUGUGGGCUGGUACUGGGUCUGUGGACAGACCGUCUGCUACAGCAACUGGACCCAAGGGCACGAGCAAGUGGAGUCCUUCCAACAAAGAGUCGGGGCAGUGGAGUCUAGAGGGGGACAAUGGGUCAGCAACCUGACUAAGACCGACCAACUCAACUUCAUCUGCACCACUGAGGAUGGUUGUGACUGAAUCCUCCUCAGUCCAGAGCAGGCUUGGAGAAACUCCUGCGGGUCCUCCAGCUCCCAACCAUCUUCAUCUUCAUCGUCAUCUUCACCACUCAUUUAAUCAUAAGCAACUUUACAAUACAAAACAUUAUGUUACUAUUGGCAUUAUAUUUCCUCUUCCAGUGUACUAAUAAGUGAAGCAAUUGAUACAGUUCAAUUCUGCAAUUUUAAUGUAUUGUGUUUGUUAACCAUAAUGUUAUGUUUUGACACAAUUCUUUGUUUUAGAAUUAAGUAUAGAAUUCUGUGCAGAAUUCCCCGUAUAAAAUGUUUUCUGUUCCUGACCU